GAAUGUGGUUGGGGAGCGGGGGGGCGAGAGAGGGACAGACGAGGCAGCCUGCAAAAAAGGAAGCACGACUCGCCUUAUCGCGUCACUCCGGGUCGUGGCUCUAAGCAGGAAGCUGCCUUUCCUCUCGGAUUUGUCGCCCCAGGAACAAGCAGGCAAUUUUGUCUUUGCUCGAUGCGACCCUCGGCCCAGAAGACGCGGAAGCCGGCCAGAAGGAAAAAUGCCUCCUCGGAUGGAGCUCGCUCUCCUGCUCCUCGGCGUGCUCGCUCUGCCGGAGGCGCGCCGGAGCGCCAGCGCGCUCCGCGUCCAACAGAGCUUUUUCUCGCUAAACCGCACCAAUAAUUUCGCCGUGGACCCGUCGUCCGGUAAGGUGUACGUGGCCGCCGUCAACAGCCUGUACCAGCUUGACGGCAGUCUGAGCGCGGAGGCGGAGAAGAGGACCGGCCCGGUGGAGGACAACCUGUUGUGCCACGCGCCGCAGCUCCCGCAAGCUCCGUGCCAGCACCACAAGUCGCUGACUGACAACCACAACAAGUUGCUGGAGCUGGACAGCGAGCAGGGGGUCGCGGUGGUGUGUGGCUCCGUCUACCAGGGCUUCUGCGAGCUUCGCAAGAUGGACAACAUCUCCCAGAUAGCCGUGGAGUUCCCAGGCAAGGGCGAGAAGACCGUCUUCCCCAGCAUGCUCAACAUCGCUGCCAACCACCCCGACGCGUCCACCGUGGGGCUCGUCCUGCAGGGGGGCGGCGGGGGCGACACCCGGCUGCUCGUCGCGGCCACGUACACCGGCGCCGGUAGCCAGUACUUUCCAAGAAACCACAGCAAGGAGGACCUACGCUUCGAAAACACUCCCGAGAUCGCCAUCCGCUCCUUCAACGUGCGUGAUCUGACCCGACUGUUCACUUACGACAUCAACCCGUCCGAGGACAACGUGUUCAAGAUCAAACAGGAGGCCAAGAGUAAAAACAAGCUUCACUUUGUGCGCGCCUUCAACCACAAGACCUUCUCGUACAUUGCCUUCAACAAUGACGCCAAAACGGGCCACAAAGAGAGCCAGGCCAACAGCAUCCUCGCCCGCAUCUGUCUGGACACCGGCGGCCACAAAUCCGGCGGCGGCCCGGAGAGCAGAAAGCUCACCGAGUCUUACAUCCAGGUGCCCCUCCAGUGCGGCCGCGACGGGGACAUUUACAAUCGCCUCAUGUCUGUUUACCCCACCGACAUCCACGCGCACGGCGUCACCGAGCCCUUCCUCUUUGGAGUGUUCUCCAAAGGGGACCGAAAGUCAGCCGUGUGCGCCUUCAGCUUUGGGGACAUCGAGCAAGAGAUCCGUCGAGGCCGCAGAAGCUGCUCCAACUCGCCCAGUGGCGACGUGCAAGUGCUGGACAGCGUCAUCCAGGGCUCCGGGGCGUCUUGCGUCCGCAAGGGAAACCUGGUGCUGAUGCCAGAGCAGCUGGACUGUGGGGCAGCCCACCUGCAGCACCCUCUGGCCUUGAGGAGGCCCCUGAGGGCCAUUCCUUUGUUGCAAUACAACAGCCUAAGUGCCGUGUCUGUGGACAACGUGCUCAACCACACCGUGCUUUUACUGGGAACCUCUAACGGACGACUUCGGAAGGUGACCCUAACGCCAAACAUGACGUCGGUCGGUCAGAUGACCCUGAAGCUGCCGGCCGGCGAACCUGUCCACCACGUCAUGACCUUUGACCCCAACGACAGGACCUAUCUUUAUGUCAUGACCUCCCACCAUAUGCUGAGGGUCAAAGUGGCUCAGUGUGACCAGUGGAGCAGAUGCGAAGAUUGCUUGGGAGCAGGUGAUGCCCACUGUGGAUGGUGCACUUUGGAGAACAGGUGCAGCAUACAGAAGGAGUGUGCCCAGGGACGAUUGGCACGCUCUUGGAUCGCCAUGGGCGAAGGCCCCCAGCAGUGUCCCUCCAUGACCCUAACACCCCCCGAGAUCAGCAUAGCUGCAGACAUCAAGGACGUGGGGAUCCUCAUCAACGGCAUCGUUCCCGAUCUGGUUGGGUUUCGAGUGGAGUGCGAGUAUGGGCCAGGCUUGUCGACGGCCGCCACCCUGCACUUAGGCCAUGGGCCCGCUCAAAUCCAGACGUGUCCCCUCCUUUCUCGGGAGAACUACAGACCCAUCCUCCCAGGCGCAGAUCAUCGUACGGCCUCUGUGACAAUCAAAGUGAAUGGCACAUCUUUGGUGUCUGGAAACUUCAUCAUCUACGACUGUGAGAGGACUGGAGCAAUAAAUCCCAAAACCUCAUGCAUUAGCUGCCUGAGCACAAUGUGGAAAUGCUACUGGGACCAGGAAAAGCACCAGUGUGUCUCUGCUAAAGAUGAGACCAAGCACAACCUUCUGGAAAAUGCCGCUUCCUGUCCAAGCCUGGCUGCCGCAGAGGUUCCUCCGUCACCGUCUGGGGCGUCCCGGGACUUGGUUGUUUCCCUGAGGAACGUCCAGGAGGGGGAGGAGCUGGCGUGCGACUUUGGGACAGAACCACAAUACAAAGCUACAUGGCUGAACAGCUCGACUGUCGAGUGCACCGGUGUGACACUGUCCACUAAUCAGAGGACUCACGUGUACCAGCUCAACCUGAGGAGGACAGGCCACCUUAAUGAGGGCACCUUUGUGGACAGCCCCCAGCCGAUGAAUGUGGAGGUAUACAACUGUGGCGUAGGCAGUGGAGACUGUUCACAGUGCUGGGGUCGCGAGGAUCAGGGGCACCUCUGUGGCUGGUGUGAAAACAGCUGUGGACUGAGGGAUAACUGUCAGCCAAUCAAAGAGCAAUGUCCUGCGCCUGAGAUCCACAAGAUCUCCCCACUCAAGGGUCCCGUGGACGGAGGUACCCGCCUGACUGUGCACGGCAAAAACCUGGGUCGCCGGGCUGAAGUAGUCAAAGUGUAUGUCGGAGACGUCUCGUGUACACUCCUGCCCGAGCUCUACAGCGUCUCUGUUGAGCUGGUGUGCAUCACAGGGAAGGCUGCAGACGCUGGGACAGAUAUCAUCCGAGUGGACGUGGAGCAGAGCGGGAUGGGCAAGUCCAAAGAGAGCUUCUCAUACUUGUUUCCAAAGAUACUGUCCAUGGAGCCGAGGAAAGGCUCCCGUGCAGGAGGAACCAGAGUGAUCAUUAGUGGGGAGCACUUGGGAAUUGGAUCUCAGGUUCGAGUUAUGGUCAACAACACUCUGGAAUGCGUCAUCACAGAGCAAACAGAUGACACCAUUGAGUGCAUCAUGCCUCCAGCACUGCAAGCAAGUAGCGAAUCGGUGUUGGUGUGUGUGGAGUUUGAGAACGUCUCCUGUCACAGUGAUGAACUGAGCACCACAUACACGUAUGAGAAAAACCCCACCAUCAGCUUUAUCAAGCCUGACAGGAGCUUCCUCAGUGGUGGCAGGACCAUCACAGUGGUGGGCAACGGAUUUGACCUGGUGCAGACUGCCACCAUGCAGGUUUUGGGAAUUGGACAAACUAUCUGCAUGGUUCUUUCACCGUCCACCAUUACAUGCCCAUCACCUCCUUCCAGCCUCUCCCAGCAGGCAUCAGUUCACUUCUACCUGAACGGUGUCCUCUACUUGGGGGACCGCUCUGCCCCCUUUAAUAUUGAAGCAAACGAGGAGGAAGAGGAUGAAGAGGAGCUGCAUAAAGGUCACUUCCUGUUGGAAUAUGUCGAGGACCCUCAGUUUUUCACAGCCAACAAGGAAAAGUUGAUUAAACAUCAUCCAGGAGAGCAACUGACACUCAUCAUCAAUAAAGGUCCCAGCGAUUUGGAGCUGAUACCGGACGAAUACUCGGUGAUGAUUGGCCCGUACCCCUGUAACAUCAGCUUCAACAAUGACCAACUGUUCCACUGCACCAUCAGCGGCCUGCUGAGCUCCCGUGAGACAGAGAUGCCUGUCACUGUGCAAGUGGGCAACUUUCGCCACACCAUUGCCAAAGUGCAGAUGGGCGGCAGCGAGCUAGCCAUCGUUGUGUCCAUCGUGGUGUGCUGUAUCCUGCUGCUGCUCUGCACCGUGGCCCUUGUUGUUUACUGCACAAAGAGCCGAAGGGCAGAACGCUAUUGGCAGAAAACAUUACUCCAAAUGGAAGAGAUGGAGUCCCAGAUCAGAGAGGAGAUCCGUAAAGGCUUUGCAGAGCUGCAGACUGACAUGACAGACCUGACCAAGGAACUCAACCGCAGCCAGGGCAUUCCCUUCCUGGAGUACAAACAGUUUGUCACGCGCACCUUCUUUCCAAAGAUGUGCUCUGAUUACGAGAGGAGUCUGGUCCAACCUGCCUACGAGUAUGAUUCUUUGGGCCCUCGAGCUUUGCCAGAGACUCAUCCGCUACUCCAGGACUGGAAGUCCGCCAAUCCGAGCAAACCCAACGUAGAGGAAGGCAUAACGCUGUUUGCCACCCUUCUCAAUAACAAGCACUUCCUUGUCACCUUCGUCCACGCAUUGGAGCAGCAGAAGGACUUUGCUGUGCGAGACAGGUGCAGUCUGGCAUCCCUGCUCACCAUUGCCCUCCACGGCAAACUAGAGUACUACACCAGUAUCAUGAAAGACUUGCUGGUGGACCUCAUUGAUGCUUCAGCCUCCAAAAACCCCAAGUUGAUGCUGCGCCGCACAGAGUCCGUGGUGGAGAAGAUGCUCACCAACUGGAUGUCCAUCUGCAUGUACAGCUACCUCAAAGAGACUGUGGGCGAGCCAUUCUUCCUCCUACUGUGCGCAAUCAAGCAGCAGAUCAACAAGGGCUCCAUUGACGCCAUCACAGGGAAAGCGCGCUACACGCUCAAUGAGGAGUGGCUGCUCCGUGAAAAUAUCGAAGCCAAGCCACAGAACAUCAACGUGUCCUUUCAGGGUUGUGGUAUGGACUCGCUAUCUGUCAGGGUUAUGAAUACUGACACCAUCUGCCAGGUGAAGGAGAAAAUCAUCGAAGCCUUUUAUAAAAACUUGCCAUUUUCCCAGUGGCCCCGAGCAGAAGAUGUAGACCUGGAGUGGUUUGACUCAGGCAGCAACAGCAAACUCCUACAGGACCUGGACAACUCCUCCAUCAUGGAGGAUGGGCGCAAAAAACUCAACACAGUCUUCCAUUACCAGAUUCCAGAAGGGGCGUCACUCGCCAUGAGCAUGCAAGACAAGAAAGAAAACACACUGGGGAGAGCCAAAGAUCUGGAUACGGAAAAGUACAUCCACUUGGUUCUUCCACACGAUGAGCUAAUGGAGACCAAGAGGUCGCACAGGCAAAGCCACCGCAAGAAGGUGCUGCCUGAAAUCUACCUGACACGUCUCCUGUCUACCAAGGGAACGCUCCAGAAGUUCCUGGAUGACCUCUUUCAGGCCAUCCUCAGCAUCCCCCCUGAACAGCCCCCGCUAGCUGUCAAAUACUUCUUUGACUUUCUAGAGGAGCAGGCCGACAAACGGGGUAUCACUGACCCUGACACCCUGCACAUCUGGAAAACCAACAGUUUACCACUGCGAUUCUGGGUGAACAUCCUCAAGAACCCCCAGUUCGUCUUUGACAUCGACAAGACCGAUCAUAUGGACGCGUGUCUGUCUGUCAUUGCGCAGGCCUUCAUUGACGCCUGCUCUAUUUCCGAUCUGCAGCUGGGCAAGGAUUCUCCGACAAACAAGCUUUUGUAUGCCAAGGAAAUUCCCGAGUACAAGAAAAGGGUGCAGUGCUUCUACCGUCAGAUACAGGAAAUGGCGCCUCUCAGCGAGCAGGAGAUGAACGCGCACCUGGCCGAGGAGUCCCGAAAGUACAGAAAUGAAUUCAACACCAACCUGGCCUUGAUGGAGAUUUACAAAUACGCCAAGAGAUACAGAAACCAGGUGGCUAAUGCGCUGGAGUGCAACCCGACGGCACGGCGCACUCAGCUGCACCACAAGUUCGAGCAGGUUGUGGCCCUAGUUGAGGACAACAUUUACGAGUGCUGCAGCGAGGCCUGAACGUCCAUCUGCCGCCACCCGAUCGACCUCGGCUGGCGUCGUCGCCGAUCGUCUCGAGGAAGCCCGCGUCGGUCGGCAGGAAACGCUUCCAGGAUGAGGCUUUUUGGACUCGAAGUACCGUUGGUCUUUGAUGCACUGAACCCUUCCCCGAAGGAACGAGCCAAUCAUGCACUGUACUGUAUUAUAAUGUCCAUAGCAAUAUUUAUAGAUGUGUCGUAUCGCUUUGGAGGAGACGACAGUCAUUGAAGUCGUCCGUGACGUCCGCAACGUUCUCAGGUGUGACUCGCCACCGUCGGUGCUUUGAACAUUUUGUCCCAAUGUGCUUUUUUUUUGCGGGUGACUCACUGGGAAGAGCUGCCGCAACUUGUCAUCUUUUGAUCAGUACUGAAGCCAUUCGCGCGCUUGUUGACCAAUCGUUGGGACCAAAUAGAGGGAAAUGUACAUUCAUGAUCGCCAUAUUAUCUCAAGAUGAGUGUAUCAUACUGUCUGACUGUAUUUGUGAUGCCAAAUGAUUUGUCCGAGUAGGGGAAAUAAACCAAGUAUUUAGGAUUUGAGUGUGUUCGCGAUACUGCUGUUUAUUCGAAUUCAUGUCAAAAUAAGCUUGUUUCUAAACCAUGCGACUUUUGAGGACCAGCUGACGAACAUCUGGAACAUUUUAGAAGGAAAAUGAAAAGAGUGAAAGAAGGAAAAGCCAGCCUGACGUUGAGCUUUGUUUAUACUGCCACACAUCAAACAAGAUGUUACAGAGCCUUUACAGCAGCCACCAAAUCAUCACAUCCUGAUCGCUUUCAUGCACAUGCUGACAUCCACUCAAACGUGCACACUCCUGCGAGUUCGUGUCCAUCUGUUUCCACUCGCGUUCCCGAGAUGAGCUUGUCGUUUCAUAGAGGCCGACGGGAGUCCCACCGCAAGCAUGAAUUGUGAUGGGAAACCAUCCAGACCUGUAUCUCAAAAUCAACCAUUUCGAUUUUCUCUACUUGCAAGUGCUUGUAAAGCUCUUUUUCAAGCUUGCCUUUAAAUAGGAUGCAAAUUCCCACCUAUUACAAUUUUUUUUAACUGUAAAAAAAAUGGGGGCACAAAAGAUUAGGAUAAGUCUGCUGUAACAUUACA